AUGCUCCCUCGCUGCUUAUCCCGUGUCUGCCGCUAUGCCAACAUCCCUCCACCUCUGCGCGCCACCCACCAUUCCCGCUCCAUCGACCCGAUCAACCUCGAAGUCUUCAAGUUCGGCCUCUACAUCAUGUUCCCCAUUGGCUGGAUGUGGUAUUUCGGCACCAAUCUCGAGAACCGCUUCACAAUCCCAGAUUUCUGGCCGAAGGAGGGCGAAACGCAUAAAAUCCCUUUCGAUAGGGACGAACAGCGAUUAUUGGCGCAGAAGCUGAGGGAGAGCAGGCUUGAGAAGAGGAGGCGACGGUUGGAGUUGGAGGGAAUUAUCGUCCCUGAGGAAGCUGUCAGGGAGGUUGCGGAGGCGAGUGAUAGAGUGGGAAAGACACGAGUGCAGGACAAGGAAGAAGAGCACGUUGAGCAGGCUGUCGAAAGUAGAGAGGUGGAAAGAAGACGGAUGGAAGAUCGGGGGUUUGGGAAAGGUGCCAUUGAGCGAUGGGCGAGAGGCGAGUAG